AUGAAUAGUAGCAGCAGAAGUAUUGUCAGCCUUGGCAGUGGUGGUAGCAGCUCGUCUGGCAGCAGUAUUAGCACUAUGAGCAACCACGGCGACAACAACCUUAAGCCAAGACUGACCUUCAUGUCAGCGACGAGGAUAUCCUUUGUAGGGAUGGUCCUUUUGCUCUGUCCUUUGAUGGGUUCCAUCUACCAGACCCAAAACUGCACAGUUCUACUGCAGCAACAUGGUAUUAGCAUGAGUCAGUUGGAACUGCUAAGCAACGACGAAGUCAAAGUCGCCAAGAAGGAGCGUAUCAUUCCAGAAGGCAAUGUGACAGUCCCCACCAAGCCCACCAAAAUUGGUUCAGGUGGAAGAAAAGCAAGCGGAAUCAACACCAAGAACCAAUUCUCCUGUCAGUUGCAAACACCACCCAAGCACCGCAAAACCUUGGCGCGUGUCGUUCUACUACAACGUGAUGGGCGUCGUCAAUUACGAGACUUUGUCACACAUUACACGCGUGUGCUACCCUACAAUUCACUAGUUAUUAUGGAUCAUGAAGGCAAUGAUGACUAUACUCAGUCCUUGCUCAAAGAUUAUGGUGAACUGGGGGCUCAUAUAUGGAAAUGUGAGGGUUCCUUCAAGGCCAAAGCCGCCAUGUGGUCACAAGUGACACGAGUCUAUGCAGAGGAUUCUGGAUUUGUCUUUCCAGUUGAUGUAGAUGAGCUGCUCGCAGUGAAACAAGAUGCUGGCAUGCAAUGGUCCAGCAAGGCUCUCAAAGAUGCACUCGGAUCACUGGGCAAAUCUGGGAAACCCUACAAGAUGAAUUGGAUUGAAAGUGUCCCCUCUGAAUGUCACGUGCACAUGUCCAAUGCCAAAUCUGUUGCUACCAAAGAGGGCACAUAUGCCUCUGAAAUGUGUGACAUUCAAUUUGUCAAAACCAAGGAGAUUGGAUGCAUGGACAAGACAUUCUCCCGAGGGGUUCAUUUUCACAAGACUGAUACUGGCAAUCAUUACGGAGGCACUAAGAAAUUUCCUGAUCUGAGCAAAGCACUAUGUGAGGAAAAGGGAUUGAGCAAUGUCUAUGAGAUUUCUCGAUUGGCAUUGAUCCAUUUGAAAGAGAAAACAUUCGAAGAUUGGCUGGUGCAUGGGAUGCGUGGAGCAACGGAUCGAGGCUUUAAUGAAGACAUGGACAUUGAUUGUGAUCAAGUUCAACAGUCAUUGCAUUACUGCAAAAAGUGGGAGAAGAUCACCAAAGCAAGGUUCUCCCCCUACGAAUUGCGCAAAGUUUAUUUGGAAGAUGUUUGCCCACCAGGAGAGGAUGAAUUGAUGCCUGUUCAUCAAACCUUUUGUCGAGGUUGA